AGAAGAGAGGAUCGCGAGUAGAGUUUAUGGCAGCUCUCUUCCCAACUCAACGCAAGGCGCUACUAAAAUUAAAUCAGUCUGCUCCAUUACUCUUCUUUAACUCGGUUCACAGCCAUCUUGCCUUCUUUAUUGUCAGCAGCUUCCAAGAAUCUCCAUCUCUUCAAAAAACCCCAAGUCAAGAAAAAUAAAAAUAGAAGAAGAAAAGAAAAGAAAAAAGACUAGAUGUAGCUGCCCUUGAUUUCUUCUAUCUAUUUUGUCUGUAAAUCCAUGGAUGGAUUUUUAGAAGGCUUCUUACGAGAAACAGAAGAAAAAAUGACCAGCACUUCUUCUUCUUUUUGAUUUUCUUUAAUCUCCCUCUCUCUCUCAGAUGGUUCUUCUGUAAACCUUGGGAGUUGCUUUCCCUUUUUUUUUUUUCGAGAUGGGCUCUUUGGAGACGGGGGUUUUCAUGAAGAGAACCCCAUUGCUGCGUUCUUCGCUUUCGUCGGGAAGAGGCGAUCGUCACCAUUCGUUCUUCCACAGGCCCAGAUCGAGAUUCGCGCGGUUCCUCCUCUUCGAGAAAGUAGACUACCUUCAAUGGAUUUGCACUGUUGCCAUCUUCUUUUUCGUCGUCGUCCUCUUCCAGGCAUUCCUCCCGGGCUCCGUCAUGGAGAAAUCGGGCGGCUCGGUUCGAGAACUGGGCCUGGUUUCCCGGGAUUUGGUAUUUUUCAAGGGGAUGGAUGGGCUGGAUUUCGGCGAAGGCAUCCGGUUUGAGCCGUCGAAGCUUCUGGAGAAGUUCCGAAGAGAUGCGAAUUCGUCCAUGCGUUCUAGUGGCAGGCUGGGGGUUCGUGCAGCGGUCAGGAAACCACAGCUUGCAUUGGUGGUCGCCGAUCUGUCAAUUGAUGCUGCACAGUUGCUGAUGACCAGCAUUGCAGUUCCGUUGCAGGAGAUUGGGUACUCAAUUCAGGUUUAUUCACUUGAAGAUGGUCCAGCUCAUGCUGUUUGGAGAAACAUAGGAUUGUCUGCCACUAUUCUAGCAAUCAGUAACAAAUCAGAGAUCGCUAUAGAUUGGUUAAACUAUGAUGGUGUUCUUGUGAAUUCUCUCAAGGCUAGGGAUGUCAUGUUGUGUCUUUUACAGGAGCCAUUUAAAUCUUUACCUGUUAUAUGGAUGAUCUAUGAGAGGACGCUAGCUGUUCGUCUAAGACAAUACACAUUGGAUGGACAGAGUCAGCUAAUCAAUGACUGGAGGCGUGCUUUCAAUCGAGCUACUGUUGUUGUCUUCCCAAACUUUGCAUUACCGAUGAUGUAUGCAACAUUUGAUGCUGGAAACUACUUCGUUAUUCCGGGCUCUCCAGAUGAAGCAUGGGAAGCGCAAUACAUUAUGGACUUACACCACGGGCAUGAUCCGCAAGCUGACAUUGGUUACAGAUCAGAGGAUUUUGUUAUUGCUAUUGUUGGAAGUCAGUUUUCAUACAGUGGCUUGUGGCUGGAGCAUGCCCUUGUUUUGCAGGCAUUAGCACCGAUUCUUGCAGAAACCUCCUCAGAUAAUCAGUUGGAUUCUCAUCUGAAAGUUGGUAUUUUAAGUGGGAAUUCAAAUAGUACCUACAAUGUGGCUUUGGAGGCCAUUGCUCUUAAAUUAGGUUACUCGAGAGGCAGCGUGCACCAUAUUGGCGUUGAUGGGGAUGUUGCCAAUUUUCUGAGAAUAGCUGAUCUUGUCAUUUAUGGAUCAUUUCUUGAAGAGCAAUCAUUCCCACCGCUUUUGAUUCAAGCCAUGUGCUUUGGGAAGCCAGUUAUUGCCCCAGAUCUUGCCAUGAUCAGAAAAUAUAUUGAUGACAGGGUGAAUGGAUUUGUUUUCCCAAAGGAGAAUAUGAAUGUGCUCACACAGAUUUUAUUUCAAGCAAUCUCGAAAGGAAAAUUAUCACCAUUGGCUCGGAAUAUUGCAUUAAUUGGCAAAGGUCAUGCUAAAAAUCUAAUGGUUUCAGAAGCUGUAGAAGGCUAUGCUUGGUUACUGGAAAAAGUUCUCAAGUUACCGUCAGAAGUUGCAUCCCCUAGGUCAGUUGCAGAGAUCCCUAUGAGAUUAAAAGAGGAAUGGCAGUGGCAUCUGUUUGAAGAAAUAGCAGUCACUGAAUACCCAAACAGAACUUUUAGAAGUAACAUCUUUCUAGACCAGAUUGAGGAGUCAUGGAACAGUUCUCACAUGGAAGGUUCUCGCAACUUGACCAGCACAGUAGAUAAUGUGUUCUCUUCAUCUGAUUGGGAGGAAGAAAAGUUAAUUGAGAAGGAAAAUGCUAGAAAGAGACGGGAAGAAGAAGAGUUGAAGGAUAGAACUGAUCAGCCUCAUGGAACGUGGGAGGAAGUGUAUCGAAAUGCUAAAAGAGCUGAUAGGACUAAAAAUGAAUUGCAUGAGAGAGAUGAUAGGGAGCUUGAAAGGACAGGCCAGCCAUUAUGCAUAUAUGAACCUUUUUAUGGUGAAGGGACCUGGCCUUUUCUACACUGUACAUCACUCUACCGUGGGAUAGGCCUGUCCACUAAAGGCCGAAGACCAGGAUUUGAUGACAUAGAUGCACCUUCCCGCCUUCCCCUUAUUAGCGACCCAUACUACAGAGAUGCCCUUGGUGAAUAUGGUGCCUUUUUUGCCCUAGCUAACAGGAUCGAUCGUAUACACAAGAAUGCUUGGAUUGGCUUUCAAUCUUGGAGAGCAGCGGCAAGGAAGGCUUCCUUAUCUAAGAGCGCUGAAAGUGCAUUGUUAGAGUCCAUCCAAGCACGGAGGCAUGGGGACACCCUGUACUUUUGGGUCCGUAUGGACAAGGAUCCUAGAAAUCCACUGAAUCAGGACUUUUGGUCUUUCUGUGAUUCUAUCAAUGCUGGAAAUUGCAGGUUUGCAGUUUCCGAAGCGCUUCGAAAGAUGUAUGGCAUACGGCAUGAUUGGGAAUCUUUGCCACCUAUGCCAGCAGAUGGGGAUAGCUGGUCUGUCAUGCAUAGCUGGGCUCUGCCUACCCGAUCUUUCCUUGAAUUUGUCAUGUUCUCAAGAAUGUUUGUUGAUGCAAUGGAUGCGCAGAUGUACGAUGAACACCAUCAGGGCGGGCAUUGUUAUUUGAGUUUAUCUAAGGACCGGCAUUGUUAUUCUCGCGUGCUCGAGCUUCUAGUGAAUGUGUGGGCAUACCACAGUGCGAGGCGCAUGGUGUACGUGAACCCCGAGACAGGUGCAAUGCAUGAACAUCACAAAUUGAAGAGCCGAAGAGGCCAGAUGAGGGUCCGAUGGUUCUCAUUCACCACACUUAAGAGCAUGGAUGAGGACUUGGCUGAGGAGUAUGAUUCUGACCGCCCAGACAGGCGAUGGUUGUGGCCAUUGACCGGUGAAGUCUUUUGGCAAGGGAUUUACGAGAGGGAGCGCCAUCUGCGCCACCGGCAGAAGGAGAAGAGGAAGCAGCAAACCAGGGACAAGAUCUCAAGGAUAAGGAAGCGGACCCGCCAGAAAACACUAGGAAAGUACGUUAAGCCACUACCAGAGGAGGCUGGAAAUUCGAACUUGACGUCAGCGACGAAGUCAGGAUAGAGUGCUCUUGGUGGUUCCACCCAUGAUCAUUGAAUUCAGUGUACGAUUUGAUAAUUCUUUUUUUCCUUCCUUUUUUCUUUUGCCUAUUCCUCUUUUUCUUCAUCUUAUUUUUGUUUUAUCUUUCUUUCUAUCUUUCAGUCAGGAAGGAUGCAUAGGUUUGAUUUACAUUUGUAUUCUUCAUUUGAGUUUUGGUUGUAAGAUGGGCAUCCUUCUGGUUAUUGAAGCUUGGAUGAAAGACGAAUGCUCUUAAAGAUGUAAAUUCCAUAUAUAUUUUUUCUUUUU